GCUUCCGCAAGCCAUUGAACGUAGUGCAGCUCGCAUUUCUACUGGAAUAGAUCUCUCUACCGAAUUAAAAGUAUCCUGUUUGAAAAAUCAAGUGUUUUAUCUGAUGUAGCGACUAAAGUGACUAAUCAUAGCUCAGGCAUUCCGAUCGCGGAAGUUGAGAGGUUGUGGGUUUGUAAAAGUAGUAUUCCUACGCUUCUGUGAAGCGGCGGAGAUCAGAAACAUCCAAAAUGGCGGCGGAGACGGAGUUGAGUUUGGAGAGCAGUCUAACUGCGAUGGACUGGCUUCCCAGGUUGAAUGUUGGGGGAGCUUUAAAUGGUGGUGGAAUCCCUGGAAAGAACCAGCAAGGUCGGAACUCAGCUGUGGACCAAAGUAAAGGAACGAUACCCAUGAGAAAGUCGCCAAGUUCGCCUCAUGAUACGAGCGCUACGUGGGACGAAUCACAGCAAGUGGCUAAGGACGGCAAACCACCGUACAGUUACGCCAAUCUCAUCACUUUUGCUAUCAAUAGCGCGCCUCAAAAGCGAAUGACCUUAAGUGAGAUUUAUCAAUGGAUAUGUGACAGUUUUCCCUACUACAGAGAUGCUGGCAGUGGUUGGAAGAACUCAAUCAGGCACAACCUGUCCUUAAACAAGUGUUUCAUGAAAGUUGCCAGGUCAAAAGAUGACCCAGGAAAGGGUUCUUACUGGGCCAUCGACCAGAAUCCUCAGGAAGAUACCCUCCCCACCAGACAAAAGUUGAGAAAAAGAAGAAACAGUGAUCGGUCAUCACCGUACAGUCCUGAUGACAGUCUCCACAGUUCUGGGGGCAGUGUGCAAGGUGUGAUGUCACCUACAUUAGCCCAGAUCAACAUCCCCAACACAGCUGCCCAACUUCAACAACAGCUGCAGCUAUUGCAAACACAGCAGCAGCAACAGCAACCGCCAAGCCAAGAUGUUGGAACCAAGUUAUUUGAAUCUAAUCCAAACAUCGAGGAUCUCAGUGCCUCCUUCCGAAGUUUAUAUAAAUCAGUAUUUGAGAGUUCCAUGAAUGGUCCCUUAUCCCAGUUCCACCAGGUGGAUAGUAACACACCAUCCCCACAGCAAUCACUGGUAGGCUCACCCAACGGUAACCAGCUACAGCAAUCACAGCAAUAUCUAGGUCAGCUAAGUCUGAACAGCUCCAACCUAGACUGGCUCCAGAAUCUGGAUCUAUUGAAGGAGAGUGUAAGAACAGCCAACUGGAAUGAUAUUGACGUGUCCCAGUUCCAAGGUUUAAUGGAGAGUAUGAAGCAAGCAGACCUGAAAAAUUGGUCCCUUGAACCGCAGCAGUUUGCUGAUCUUGCUGCCUCCUUAAAUCAGUUCUUCCAACAGACUGGUUUAUUGACUCAGAGUUUGGGUGGUCUGUCAGCCUCCUCAGCAGCAACAGGGAGUGGUUUCAACAGCAGUCAACAUUCAAACUACUCUAACUCUACAACAGGCGGUCAUUCUUCACUCAUGGGAUCCCCUAAUCUUCUCAGUCCAGACAACAGCUCCACAUCUCUGGGUCUGUCACCACAUGGUCUCUCCCCUCAUCAUCAAUUAUCAGUCAGUCCAAGGCACCAGACUACCAUACCACAACCCAGGGCACAUCAGGUACCUACUGUGCAUGUCCAGACAGUUCCUAACUAUCCAGCUGAUGAGGAGGAAGACACAUUUGACUGGGAUAGCAUAGUAUGAGUAUAGUCUGUCAGUGGAAAUUGACAAAGCCAGGCCAGUCAUGAUAGGUAGAAGACUCCAAGUACUGAAAAACGAGUUCUAUUGGCUGAAUAUGAAACAAGAGGAUCCUUGUACUUCUUUGCUGGAGUUGAGUUCAUUUUGAUAGCAGUACCAAUCAAGUUUUAGGGGAAUUUCAGGAACGUAGUUAUGAUACAGUGCUGGAACAUGGACAUGGCAGAAUAUUUGAAAGUAUGUACAUUGAAGAUGGAUGCGUAUGCCAACAGGUAUGAGCUUGGUGCUGAUGUGCGCCCUCACUGUCUGUGACUUCAAUAGGGAGAGGUUUGGGGUAUUUAUAAACAAGAACCAUUAUUUGGGUGUUGUGAACCCUUUUGGGUUUGUGUGUGUAUAGUUCACGCAUACAGACCUCCAAGUCAAUAGUUCCAUUCAUUUUUUUCGGGGGGGGGGCUUGGAUCAUGCUGAAAAAUUACCACGGACAGUGAAAUGAGAUGAGCAAAUCUCUGGUGAAUGUCUGGUGGAGUCAGAUACCUUAUUCAUGGCUGGACUGGUUUAUUUAAUGAUUUCUAACUUUUCUGUAGAUAAGAGUUCUGUGUGUGGGUUUUGUUUUAAUGAAUGGAUGUUUUUGUUACUAUGGUUACAAAAUCAGUGCCAUGCCAUUUUUUAAGGAUUGCUUGUGAAGUUCAGGGAGUUACUUUACCCAAAGUGUCGGUAUUUCAGUCUAAUCUGGAUGGGUUUGAUGUUGACUGUUUUGCAGAGAUAGCCAUUUCUUAACUCACUUUUUUGUAGAAAAGCACAAUAUUCUUGAAUGUUGGAAUGCUGAAAGAAGUGUAUGCCAUUAGUUAUGGUUGAUUGAAACAGAUAGUGAGCCUACAUGAUUUUACUACCAUUAAAAAUUAAACAAAUCAUUUCUGUUUCAUUUUUAUUUUAAUAUCAGCGUGUGGUUUUUCAAAACUUGGGAAUUCAUUUUUUUUGCGAUAUAACUUUGAGUCAUACAAUGAUGGUUUACUUUUGAAGAUUGCAACAUUAGUUGUGUUUGGAGUCAUAUUUAGCUCAUCUAGAUGUACUUUAUUUAUUUUUUUAAGCCAUUGAAAUUGACAGUCCUCACAGAACGUUUAGUAGCUGUGCUUUAUGUCAGUUUUUCACCUAGAAUAUUUACUUCAGUGAUAUUUAUUUUAUUUCAUGAUGCUCCUUACGUAAGUCAUGCACUGAGGUAACUGCACAGUGUAACAUUUUAUACUGUCACAAACUGUUUUUUAGCGACAUCAAGUACGAUAGCUGAAGAUGCACUGGAUGAUGUGUGAUGAUAUGAGUCAUGAUUGCUGAACACAAAGCACAAUGUUGGCUUGAAGGGUUUGGACUGACCUAGUGUCUCGGAAAAAGGAUUUUCUUGUCAUGUUUUGUCUUGGAUGUUUAAUUUUUUUCAAUGGAAAACACAAACAUCAAGAAACUAUCACUUUAGAAGUAUUGCAAGAAUCUAUAAAGAAACAAAGACAACAAUUGUCGACUGCUGUGGUGUGGUGUAUAGCACUUUAACACCCGUAGGGAGAUGCCUAAGGGUGCCAUAACCCUUGUUCAAAACACUGUGUCCCACCUCGCAGUAAUUAACAGCUCUCCGUUAUAAGCAGUGAAGACCAUCUCAAAACUUUGGGAGCUGUAAUUCCAGUGAACAGCAUGAAAAUUUAGUGAUGUCUGCAGUUGAAGGCUAGGUGUAAUUGCAUGUUAAUGAAGGACAUGGGCUCAGACCUGAGGCAUGCUCUAACAUAUAGCAGAAUCAGAAUAACACAUACUUUAUGCCUUGACAAAUUGGGUUGAC